GCCGCCCCUUAUCCUCUCGUUCUUCUUACACAAAUCAGUAUUUUUAGGGUUUCGAUUCUUCACGCCCUUAAACCUCAGAGCUGGGGCUUACCUCUCAAAUUCAACGCUGCCAAUUGAAACCCUGGGUUCCUUUGUCUGAAACUUGAUUUACAGGGUUUUGGAAUCCUACUUUCGUCGAGUUGAGCCCUAUCCAAUUAAUGCAAGGGCCUGAACGCCUGGCCCCAUUCUCAUAAAGCAAGGUUUUUAACGUUUAGGUACCCUAGCUCACCUUUCAUCUGAUCUCUGCAAUGAACGCCUCUAGGCUUACUCGUUCUCAUUCUUGCAUUGAGGGUUUCAGAUUAAGGAACAAGAAAUGGCCGCUGCUCUGGCUUGAAAAUCGCCAUUUUCUCUCUCUAAAUUUAGUUGGAGUCUGGUUCAGGACCCCAAUUUCUCAAAAUCGAGUUUCAUCACGGUUGUACUCUAGCAUGGGCAGAGCUAUGCAAGGAGAUAGUAGUGGUCAUUUGAGAAUGGUCAAUCAAGCCUUGGAGAAGGACUCCUUUCUUAGUUCAGUUAAGAGCUUUCCGAAUAAUAUCACAAUGGGUCCAUUGGAAGAAGAGCAGAAGGAACAGGUUGCAGAGGGCCCUAAUUGCACAUCUCGAAAUCCUGUUGCUGAAUUACUUGAGAACCCUGAUGAUGUUAGAAGAUUGAUGAAGAUGGAGAGAAGAUCUGAAACAGAUUGGGAAGUCACCCAAUUUGGACACAGUUUAUCUCAAAGCCAAUCUAUGGAUGGUGGUGUUAUGAGGGGGCACUGGUUUCCAUACCUUAACCAAUUUAAGACGAGAGAUAUCAAUCUGUCGAGUUGCGAAGUUCUUGAAGCACUCGCUCCUCAUAUAUUGGACACCCGAAAGGAAAGGAUGAGACAAGCUGUGAAGAAUAGAAGCUAUUCGGUUUGUUUGGUUGUCGAGGGAUUGACUGACUAUGGAAACGUGUCUGCUGCAUUUCGCUCAGCAGAUGCACUUGGUAUUCAGUCAGUUCAUGUGGUCUCCAAUGACAGCACGAAAAGAUAUAGAGAAAACCGGAAUGUUGGCAUGGGGGCAGAAAAAUGGUUGGACAUUGAACUAUGGAGUUCCAUUGAGGAGUGUUUUAGGGCGUUGAGACUGCGUGGAUAUCGGAUUGCAGCAACCCAUGUUGGAAGUGAUGCUGUUUCUAUUUAUGACUUGGAUUGGACAUAUCCAACUGCGAUAAUUAUUGGAAAUGAACACAGGGGCAUAAGCAAAGAGGCUUUGAAGCUCUCUGAUUUGCAUUGUAGUAUUCCCAUGAAAGGAAUGGUUGACUCCUUCAAUGCCUCAGUUGCUGCUGGCAUCCUUAUGCACCAUGCGGUUUGUGAUAGGACUUCCCGUCUGGGUAGCCAUGGUGAUCUGACUCAGGAAGAACACCAGAUUCUAUUGGCUGAGUUCUCACUUCGCCAUAGCAUGAGUGCAGUGAGUAUAGUCCAUGAGUUUGCAAUGAGGAGAGUAGAGCAGCUUAAGGCCAAACUCUAAAAGAGCCAUCAUGCAAGGUCUUUGUUUAGUUGCUGUAGAAUUUUGGUUACAGGUAGUAUGUGCAGAAGUUACUUUUGCGACUUCAUUAUUAAUUUUCCUGCUCUCUAAUGUUAUAAUUUUGUUCUUUAGACUGUUAUAUUGUUUAUCAAAUGAAAACAUAUUGGUUCACAAAAGAAAGUCCAAUUCUUUCUAGAGCAUCGUAAAAUUUUUUUGAAGCAAACUUGAAAAUGAUUGUAAAGCAAAUAAUGUGUGUGCAUGGACAAAUGAUUUAUCAGUUUGAAAUAUUUUUGUACUUGUACCAUCCUAUCUAGUAAUACAAUGCUAACUUCUUUUUUUAAAAAAAAGUGCAUCCUGCCCUUCAAAAAUGAACUUGCAGCUCAAAAAAUAGUGCAAAUCUGAUUGAUCUAGGUCCAUUUAAAUAGAUGUUUGGCAUGACACUUUGAGAUAGCAAUAAAUGAGCUUUUUUAGGGCACCAAAUCCUUUUUUUUUUUAAUGUUCUUGGUUUUAGUGGACAAGAGGAUGGAUCUGCUGGUUUUUGGGUUCUCAAUCAAUGGGAAAAUGGAUUGAGGGGAGCCGCAUGGUGUUGGUGCAGCUGCGACUGCACUAGUAUGGGAUAUGGUUGGUAAAUUUCUGUCGAAAUAAUUUGGGCUUUGUCAAAGGUUCACAUAGACAUUGGGAUGUGU